AUGACAUGGGAUUGUGUGGUAACCAAAUAUCACAAGAAGUACACUGGGCAGCUGGAAAUCCAGCCCUUCCCUGAAGUAUACAUGAAGUCUAUUGUACUGAAGAAGACCUUAAAUUUUGUUUGUUUGAAACAAAGACAAGGAUUUUAUUAG